CGUAUUCUAAGUUGAUUUCAUUGAAAUUUUAUUCCCACAAUUAAUUAUUAUUAUUAUUAUUGUAUUACUCGAUCUACUCCAUCGACGAUCGAUGGCAAAGACGGCGGCGUCAGUGGCAGUUAGAGGCGUGGCCUCCGUGGCAUACUUCGCCGCCGCCGUUUCGAUGCUCUUCGCCUACCAAAGAUUGUUCGCUAUUGCAAAUUCUCUUGCGAGCGCAUACAAUUUUUCCACUCUUUGCAUUCCCUCUGGCUCUAACCUGUGGCGGAUGGUGGUACUGGUCGAUAUGUCCCGAAGUGGUUCCUAGAACUUCCUAUCAUUUGCUCAUUCGGUAUUAGACUAGAAGAUGACUCCAAUUAAUGUUUAGUUCAAUC